CUUUUCACACUCUGUCUUAAAAUCAGAAGUUGAAUUCAUGAACACAUAUGAUUUAGAUAGAAGUCAUGGGAUGCAGCAGUUCUUCAACGAAAACCAGGAAAUCUGAGACAUCACUGAAAGCUGCGUUGAUCAUCCAGAACUGGUUCCGAGGUUACAAAGCUCGACUGAAGGCCAGACAACACUAUGCACUCACCAUCUUCCAGUCCAUCGAAUAUGCUGAUGAACAAGGCCAAAUGCAGUUAUCCAGCUUCUUUUCCUUCAUGUUCGAAAACUACGCACAUGUACAUAAGGAAGAGCUAGAAUUAAGACAUCAAUUUCUUGAAAGCGAACAGGACACGUGGGACAGACAUGAUUAUGUGGACUUGAUAGAUGUCCCAGACUCCUAUAAUGGCCCUCGGCUACAAUUUCCUCUCACUUGUACUGAUAUUGAUUUACUUCUUGAGGCCUUCAAGGAACAACAGGUACUUCAUGCCCAUUAUGUCUUAGAGGUGCUAUUUGAAACCAAGAAAGUCCUGAAGCAAAUGCCGAAUUUCACUCAUGUACAAACUUCUCCCUCCAAAGAGUUAACAAUCUGUGGUGAUUUGCAUGGGAAACUGGAUGAUCUUUUUAUGAUCUUCUACAAGAAUGGUCUCCCCUCAGAAAGCAACCCGUACGUUUUUAAUGGUGACUUUGUAGAUCGAGGACAGUAUUCCAUAGAGAUCCUAAUGAUCCUGUGUGUGAGUUUUCUUGUCUACCCCAAUGACCUGCACUUGAACAGAGGGAACCAUGAAGAUUUUAUGAUGAAUCUGAGGUAUGGCUUCACGAAAGAAAUUUUGCAUAAAUAUAAGCUACAUGGAAAAAAAAUCUUACAAAUCUUGGAAGAACUCUAUGCCUGGCUCCCAAUCGGUACAAUUGUUGACAAUGAAAUCCUGGUCAUCCAUGGUGGGAUAUCAGAGACCACAGACUUGAAUUUACUCCACCGUGUAGAGAGGAACAAAGUAAGAAGUAAUCUCUCUCCUCCAUUUCAGACCUCGCGAGUCACAGAUACAGGUUCAGAACAUUCCAAGAUUAUUGAUAUUCUGUGGAGUGAUCCCAGAGGCAAAAACGGCUGUUUUCCAAAUACGGGCCGAGGAGGGGGCUGCUAUUUUGGACCAGAUGUUACUUCCAAGAUUCUUAAUAAAUACCAGUUGAAGAUGCUCAUCAGGUCUCAUGAAUGUAAGCCCGAAGGGUAUGAAAUCUGUCAUGAUGGGAAGGUUGUGACUAUAUUUUCUGCUUCUAAUUAUUAUGAAGAAGGCAGCAAUCGAGGAGCUUACAUCAAACUAUGUUCUGGUACAGCUCCUCGAUUUUUCCAGUACCAAGUAACUAAAGCAACGUGCUUUCAGCCUCUUCGCCAAAGAGUGUAUACUGUGGAAAGCAGCGCCCUCAAGAUAUUAAAAGAGAGAAUGAUUUCACGAAAAAGUGACCUUACUCAUGCUUUCCAACUUCAAGACCACAGAAAAUCAGGAAAACUUUCUUUAAGCCAGUGGGCUUUUUGCAUGGAGAAGAUUUUGGGGCUGAACUUACCAUGGAGAACCCUGAGUUCGAAUCUGGUAAACAUAGACAAAAAUGGAAACGUUGAAUACAUGUCCAGCUUCCAGAAUAUCCACAUUGAAAAGCCAGUACAAGAGGCUCAUUCUACUCUGGUUGAAACUCUGUACAGAUACCGAUCUGACCUGGAAAUCAUAUUUAAUGCCAUUGAUACUGAUCACUCAGGCCUGAUCUCCAUGGAAGAAUUUCGUGCCACGUGGAAACUUUUUAGUUCUCACUACAAUGUUCUUAUUGAUGAUUCCCAAGUCAAUAAGCUUGCCAACAUAAUGGACUUGAACAAAGAUGGAAGCAUUGACUUUAAUGAGUUUUUAAAGGCUUUCUAUGUAGUGCAUAGAUAUGAGGGCUUGAUGAGACCUGAUGUCACCAACCUUGUCUAA